AUGACCGAUAACCAGAACCCCGGCAACUUUGCCAACCGUCCCACUGAGGAGGUUAAGAACAUCGCCUCUAAAGGGGGCCAAUCCGGCCACAGCAAAGGGGACCAAUCCAGCCACAAGGGCGGAUUUGCCAGCAUGGACCCCGACAAGCAGCGUGAGAUUGCUUCCAUGGGCGGGAAGGCAUCAUCCGGGUCGUUUGAACCUGGUAGCGAGAAGGCCAAGGAGGCUGGACGCAAGGGUGGGUUGUCUUCUUAG